AUUUAAACUCGCCUUGUCUUUAAAUCUAUAUGUCUGUUUCUGCAGUUAAUUUUGCUGCAUGAGUCUACAAUACAGGACCAAAUGAGCUAUAAAAGCAAGAUUGUGUGUCUCUGCUGUCUUGCAUGUUCUCCAGCCUGACAUGUGCUUGAUGUUUGCAGUGGGAGUGACCAGCUAAAUGUGCAUUGUGUUAUAAGGGGUCAGUCCCUGCAGAAAUUACUGACACUCCAGCAGCCAGGAUGAUGUACGGAAGUUGCAGAGAGAGUCUUAAAAUUUCCAUCCUGCUCCUCAGCUCAGUCCCUCUGGUAUGUGGACUAAUGGUGGGAGGAAGCGAGGGCGAAUCUGUUACCCUCCCUUGUACUUACUCCGUCAAGACAUCUAGCGAUAUCACUACCAUGUGCUGGGGACGUGGAAGCUGCCCAAGUUCUAAGUGCACUGAUGCUCUUAUAUGGACUGAUGGUCAUAAGGUCACCUAUCAAUCAUCUAAUCGCUACCAGCUCAAUGAUAAUAUAGCCAAUGGGCAAGUAUCGCUGACUAUUGCCAAAGGACAAAUGGAAGAUGCAGGGAUAUACUGCUGCCGUAUAGAACAUCAUGGGUGGUUCAACGACAAGAAACUUAGUAUAGAGCUGAAGAUGGCAAAAGCAAUUACUACACCGCCACCUGUCAAGACUAUCAGGACAACUCCACCUCCUCCACCAGUCAGAACUACUUUUCUACCUCCUCCACCUGCCAGGACUACCAUUCCACCACCUCCAGCUGCCCAGACUACCAUUCCACCAACUCCACCUGCAAAGAAAACCAGUCCACCACUGACAACUGCCUGGACUACCACUCCACCAACUCCGCCUACAAAGAGUAACACUCCACCACCUCCACCUGCAAGGACAACCAUUCAACAACCAAUUAUUACUGAAACUGCCACAGUGUCUGUAAUGACUUUACUGAUCACAGAGUUUCCAAGUGUUGUGACUACACAUGAGACAAGAAAUGAAAAAUCCACAGAUGAAUACAAUGCAGAAACAGAACAUGUUCAAGACUCUUCAACAGAAGCAGAUACUCCAUCUUCUAUACAGCCUACAAGUGAAUUCAGCAACAGUGGAAUUGUGGAUCUCCUCCACGGAAAUAUCACUGUACAAGAGAAUAAGGAGAGAGGCAUACUUCUCCACAUUCUAAUAAUUGCUAUUAGCCUCUUACUGAUUCUGAGUGUUAUUGUUCCACUGCUGGUUCUAAAAUGUAAAGGGAAACUGAGAAGACAAUACAUUUUAGGCAUGGAUCCCAAUUUAGAGCUGGUCACACAUGCUGAAGAACUAGAAGCAACGGAGAUGGAAAGAGCCCAAGCGGAUGAAGCUGAAGCCAGAAAGACUGAAGAUACUAAUAUUAAUAAAACAAAAGACUGAUUUAAAAAAAAAAAAAAAGUACAUCUAUUUGCUAUAGCAACUAAUUGAAUGACCCUCUUUCAAUUCUGUCUAUUAAGGCCCCCAUACAUUAGUGAAAGAUUGACGCUAUUUCCUGAUCCCUUGACAUGUUUAAAUAUCUUGAUUCCCCGAUCUCGACUGAUGGCAAAUGUGGGAUUUUUAAAAUGAAGAAUUUCCCGACGGAUCACUGGUUGAAGGAGGUAGAAGGUAUGCCACCAAGUGACAGCCUUUAUUUCCUAUAAAAACAAAAAGGUCAAAAUAAAAAAGCUGAGAAAAGUUCACUAGCACCGAACACUUCAGGGAUUUAUGUAAAGUAUCUUUACUCAAAUAUAGCAGACCAAGUAAAAAAAAAAAAAAUCAAGGAAAGUAACGUUCAGGGCUUAAUAUGGUAGAUGUUUUCAUCAAAUACUCAAUUUAUUUUUUUCACAGUUGAUAUAAAAUCAUAGGUCCACUGCAGUGGACGUCAUGCAAUACACGGAUCCAUACUGCGUAUUAGGCUUAUCCUGUCUUAUAGGCCUUGCCUAAAUAUUUUACUUUUAUAAUAGCCUUGUACAGCCAGUUUUGAUAGCUGACAGCUUUAUAUGUAUUUUUCACUUUUUAAAAUUGUAAAUGAUUUCAAAUUAUUAUCAUUAGUAGUAGCUGUGGUGGUAGUGGUGGGUGCCUUAGUAGUAUUGUUUUUAUUUUCUCCAGACAUCAAGAGCAUCUAGCAACAAAGUUAGGUACAGAAUAGUAUAAUACGCACAUGGGGAAGUGGAUCUCAGGGAUCAGUGUGUGAUGAUGCACCCGCACAGAUGAGGCAACAGGAGAAGGUAUAUUCGGGUGUUCUGUCACUUUCUGGAUGUGACUUGGCUGCUGUAUUGAUGUGACUUGGCUGCUGUAUCAAAUAACUGGAUUCAAUUACAAGAAUCAAUUGGAUAUCAAAGCAUCCAUUGCUCGGCCAUUGAUCAAUGGUGGCUCUAUGGACCAACAUCAAAGAGGAAGACAAAGUGAGACACCACCUCCGUUGAAGCACAGGGCCGUGUCAGAGGCACCCCCUGAAAUCAGGUUCAGUGUGAGAAAUCACUGGCCAAAGUUUUACGGCUGCAAAACAAAUCAGCAUGCAGUGACUUGAGCCUUUGGGGUAAAUUUACUAAAGCUGCUAAAACAGAAUUGGUGAUGUUGCC